ACGCUAUGGCAUACUGCAUUUGCGUAGAGCUGUAAUUUAUGCGUAGACUAUCGAAUUAGGCGCACGUGCUCGCACUGUUGAAACGGGACGGAGCAGUUUCGGUUACAUUGAUUAAUAUAUUAACCAAUAAUUGAUGAGUGUCUGUAUGGUUUGCCAGGCACGUUUUUUCGAAACAUUCGUUCGAGAUAUAUCGGUCAGUUGUAAGUUGCGAUCAUAGCGAUCAGUGACCGCCUCCAAGAAGGUGGAUAUGGAGAUCCUAUAAACACGUUGAUCUUGUAAUACCUAAUUCCGAAUUCAGUUAUUUUCGAUCGAAUUCCACCAACAUAGCCAACAAAACAUGUUUUCAGUCCAAAAAAAAGCGUUGUGUAGAUUUUGAAUUUUCCACCGCCUUGUACAAUUGGCUCAGUAUUUUCACUGGGAAGUAUCGCCGUGGCUGGAAAACAUUCAACUGGUUGCGACUAGAAUCAUUUAGACACAGAAAAUGUGUCGUAUGCGCUUAAAUGACUUGCAAUUAUUCAUUUUAUUUAUUUUUGCCUUAAAAUAGCACAGGAUUAACUAUUUCUUUUAUUUCUACUCAUUCGCAUUCCAAUUUCCUUCACAAACUACGCGCAGUGUAUUGAUCGCAACUGUCAACGCAACAUGACAACGCACCUGACAGCGAAACAUACACGUACCCGCUUCGUUGUCGUACAACUUGUCAAACUUUUGUCAAAAUUUCUAAAUCUAGCAAUUUAGAAACGAAAAAGAAAAGAAAAAGCAAAGUGAUUUCUAUUCCAUUGUGUAGAAUUUUACAUUGCACUCGGUUUGUUUGGCGUAAAGAAGGUUGUCUUCUGCGCACCGACGACUCUUGCUUCACUUCGGUGCCAGUUUUCUACACUGCCCACACGCCAGUCGGUCGGACGGAUUAGCCAACGGGGGCGACUCUUCGGUAGGCAGUCGUCGUAGGAGAGGAGUGCAAUCGCAGCGAUUACUCGACUUGCUCGAUUCGGUGCGACACCAAAACCGAUUCCGCACGGUGGUUCCUGUCCGUUGCCACGGUUCGCAUUGAUUUGUGAUCGACUCCUGUCCCAUUAUCCUUGCCACAUUACGUAAGGAGAAGUGGUGCGAAGACACAGCCUGCGGAGGGGGAAAAGGUAACGAGGCCACCGUUGAUAACACUGCUGCACACCCGCAAGAAGAGGAGUAGAAAGAGGCCGCUGGUGAGGAAGUACACUCCCGAGUCGGUUGGAUGUUUGUUUGAUAAAAAAGUGGUGGCAAAUAUUGCUCCAACCCGUCAAUCCGCCCUUCUGUUGGCCAGAAGAGAGCAGCGCAAGUGUGGAGUGGCAGUGGAGUGGUAGUUCCACCGUACGCAGCUUGUUAGCACAGGUGAUCACACAUCACAGACGGCCAUCCAUCAACGAAGCGGAAACGAUUGGCGUUCGGGCGAAACGGCUGUGGCACGACCACCGAACGACGGCACGAGCGCACCAGCACCACCAGCAUGGAUAACGAUGGGCUGUCGAACGAGCAGACGGAAAAGGUGCUCCAGUUCCAGGACAUUACCGGGCUGGACGAUAUGAACGUGUGCCGCGACAUACUGAUCCGCCACCAGUGGGACCUGGAGAUCGCCUUUCAGGAGCAUUUAAACAUACGCGAGGGGCGCCCGUCGGCGUACGCCACCGAGUCCCGGGCGCCCGCCGUCAUUAACGAUCGCUUCCUGCAGCACGUGUUCUCCAGCGCCCGGACCAGCCCGUCGCGCGAGCCGGGCGGAAUCGCGGGCGUGAUCGGGUACAUGUUUAACUACAUGGUUAACUUUUGGUGCAGCGCGUUCUCGUCGCUGCUGUCGUCGAUCCUGGGGCUGUUCCGCGACCAGGAAAGCAUUCCGGCCGAUCCGCUCGGCGACGUGCUGAAGUUCAUUCAAACGUACAAUGAAAAGUACCCGGAGCAUCCGGUGUUUUACCAGGGCACGUACUCGCAGGCACUGAACGAUGCGAAGAACGAGCUGCGCUUCCUGCUAGUCUAUCUGCAUUCCGAGGCGACGUCCGAGGCGGUCGCGUUCUGUCGCGGCGCCCUGUCCGACCCGCUGGUGAUCGAGUACGUCAAUCGGCGGAUGCUGUUCUGGGGCUGCGAUAUGGCCUCGCACGAGGGCAAGCGGGUGGCGACCACGGUCAGUGUCCGUACGCACCCGACCCUGCUCAUCAUCGGCAUGCGGGCGAACAAGAUGAUCAUUAUGGGCCGGCUGGAAGGUGACUGUUCGGCGGAGGAGCUGAUCCGCCGGAUGGACACGGUGGUGAACGAUAACGAGGUGUGGCUCAAUCAGGCCCGCCAGGAUCGGCUCGAGCGCGAUCUGACGCAAACGUUGCGCCAGCAGCAGGACGAAGCGUACCAGCGCUCGCUGCAGGCCGACCAGGAGAAGCAGCGCCGGAAGCAGCAGGAGCGGGAGGAGGCGAUGCGCAUCCAGGCCGCGAUCGAGGCGGAACAGGCGGCCGAGCAGCAGCGCAAGGAGGACAUCGAACGGUUAAAGCUCGAUCUGGCCCAGCUAGUGCCUUCGGAACCGGAAGCCGGUGCGCCCGACACGAUCAGCAUAGUGUUCAAGCUGCCGAGCGGGCUGCGGUUAGAGAGAAGGUUUAGAAGCACCGACACAAUGAGGGAUAUUUACCACUUUAUUUUCUGCCACCCGGAUGCGCCCGACUCGUUCGAAAUCACCACCAACUUCCCGAAGCGCGUGAUCGAGUGUUCGGGCGACGAGCCGGGACAGACGCUGCUGCUGUCGGGGCUGAAGAACCGCGAGGUACUGUUCGUCGCCGAUCUGGAGGCGUAGUGUGAUAAAGAAUGGAUUGUCGGAACACCAUCACGACCACCACCACGACCACCACCGGCACCAGCAGAAGCAAACACUGCGCGAUGUUAACACCGAUUUGCUUUUUGAACCGUUAAUGCUACUCGCGCACUGCCAGCUGCCAACUGGCGGACAGGAGGAAGAUUUGAAGGGGGGGUUCAACUCGCGAUGGUCGUGGGGAUGGCGCAACGGAUGAACCCGCAGCUACAACAUAUAUACCUUGUAGUAGACGGCCACCGUGAGUGCGAUUCCUUUUUCUCGUUCUUUUCGAAGGCAAACGGUGCAGGAGGAGAGCAAGCGCAAGACAAAUCGGAGAAAAAAGGCGUUUAAUUUUUAAGAAGAUCCGUUUUCUAAGCUUGAAGCGCAACAACUUGUGUGUGUGUGUGUUAGUGUGUUUGUGUGGAGAAAGCACGAGACUUGGUGGCCAACGCGGACGCCGCGCGGUGACAGAGAGAAAGAGAAAAGGGGAACGUUUACAAUACCAAAUGGUAGUAAUUGUGAAUACUUAUUUGUUGCUUACGUGAAACUCUUAACACUGUACAUUCAGCUAGAAUACAGAAGCAUAAAUAGUCUCUAUCGAAUGUUUUUUUUACAGUUCGCUGUAUGGGUUCUUUCGUUUGAAGAUCGCCCUCUAUGGCGUACGGCUUGGCUGUAUAGAGAACUGAAUACGCGUGAAUAAAAUCGAUUUAUUUCCUUUUAUUUUGAA